AUGUCCCAGACUUCAUUGGCAAAAACGAAACAGCGGCUCGGGACAGGUUAUACGGAGACACCUGACAGGCUUGACUGGUGGGAUCUGGAGUGGGCUUCUUGGCAGGGCGUGACGCCUGGUCACCAACUGGUCCGCGACGAAGAAACAAGACUUUUUUUUGUGGUUUUUUUUUUUUCUUUCGCUGUAAUGUAA